UAACGCCCUAUAGGGCGUAUUACACGCCCAAUUAAAGCGUUCUAAAUUCGCCCAAAAUACCAAUCUCCGUUAGAACUCGCAUAAAGUUCAGGAGAAAUAAAAGCGCCCAAUUUAAAUGGCACUGUCUGCCAUGAGACCGCGGGUAUCUUUGAAGAGGCUGUCAAUAUUGACUGUCGCUAUUUAUCUUCUCGUUUCUUUCUAUUGGGCUUACGUUUUAUUAUCGCAGAAAAGCAGUGAUACGUCUGGAGCAAGAAGUGAUAAAAGAGCACAAGACAGUCGAAUAUUGUCACUGGCUGUCAAUCUUGGAACAACACAGCAGCGUCAUCAUGAGCCAGCAAAGGAAUCAAACAUCAGUAAGACCCAUGAUGUACUACUAGCUAAGAAUACUUAUUCGGAUGCAAAGGAGGAACAUGCUGUGGAGAUCUGGAGCAGAGCUGGUGUCGGUCAAUACACUUGGGAGCAUAUACUAGGAGCCACAUUGGAGACCAGGCAACAGGUCGAUAGUCAAUACACGUUGAGCUAUGGUAACAAGAAAGAAGGCAACAUUGCAUUCACAUUUAGGACGGGCCAUGAUGUCUUACCCAGCACGGUCCCCAGAGAUGUAGAGAACCUUCUGCUUGUACUUAACGCAAGGGCGCCAGACAAGGUUGAUUUUGCUCGUGCUUGGCUGGACAAUUUAGAUGCCUUCCCACAUCUGCGCAAUGUUGGGUUGAUGCUGAUUGGAAGUGAGCAGUGCCAGAACUCCUGGGUGCUGCAGUACAUGAAGUCUCAUGGAGGACCUCUUCGGUUCUUGCUUGUGGUUUAUGACACACUACUCGUGGAUGGGAGGGAGAUCCUACAGUGGCCUCUUGGGGUGGCAACGUAUCGUGGUUUUCCUGUUGUGAACAUCACCAAGUUGAAUCCCAGGGCCAGUCGUCGGUACCGAUGCAAUUUCAUGGCUACAAUAUAUCCCAAUUCCUCCAGGGAGACACUAUUGCAGGUUAUCAAGAAGAACAAUUUGGCUGACUAUUGCUAUGUGAAAACGAGAGAAAGUUGGACAGCAACUGAACAAGAAGAGACGAGACUUGAGUAUGAAGGAAUUCUUGCCCAGAGUGACCUAACGCUAAGUCCUGUUGGUAUGAACACUGAAUGCUAUCGUAUCUAUGAGGCAGCAUCAUAUGGAUCUGUACCUGUAGUAGAGGACAUCACUACGCCAGGAGAAUGUGCUAGUGAGCCUCUACGCCUCCUGAAACAAUACAAUGCGCCAUUCAUCUACAUCAAAGACUGGCAACAACUCCCCCAAGUAUUACUUGAAGAAUCCAAGAAAAGCCCGAGGGAAAUUUCUCAGAGGAGGGAAGAGCUGCUGAGGUGGUAUGGACAGUUCCGGAUAAAACUAAAACAAGUCCUUCUGGAUACCAUUCAAAAGAGUUUCUUCCCAACAUGAAUUAAAAACUAAAGUUUUAAAAGUGUUUUAUUUUAUAUGGUGUACAUUGUACAGUAACAUAAACUAGUAAAGACUUUGAAACCAAUUUGUUGUGGGUUGUGCUGCCAAAUACGUAGCACACCAAGCUAAAUAAAUCACAAGAACCAUCUCUGCCCUUGCAGGUACCCAUUGACCUCUGGGUGAAGAGAAGCAACUAUAGUUUUAAAAGUGUCUUGCUCACGGAGUGUCAUAACCGGUAUUCCAACCCAUAUCCUGAUGACUUGGCCACCAAUCCAGAACUUGAGUCCAAUGCUUGAAGAGGAUACUUCCAAGGGAACUGAGAUUUGGAAUCUGAGAAGUGAUUCUGUCAGAAAACUUUCUCAGAUUGUGUAUUCCAACUGCAGUUAUGCAAAUACUAGGAAAGAACCUCUCUGGAUUUUUGCCGGUAUCUCAAAAACGAUAUCACCUUAUGCAAUGUAUUUUUCUCAGGUUAGUUUUAUUGUAUAUAUAUUUAUAUUUAUAUAGGAUUAAAACAAUAGAACAGUUCAAAAACCAAAUGUAUUUGUUCCCUUUAAGAAGUGCCCCAGUGAUCAAGAUAAUAAGUAAUGUUAGACUGCCAUGAGCAUCACUGAUUGGCAGAUUUUAUGAGAAGCCACUUUUACUACUAUUGUUAUUACUACAGUAGUUGUUGUUUCUACUGUGUAUGGUGUUUUUUUUCCUGACAAUGUUUUGUCUCCUACUGAAAUUUUUCAACUUAUCUAGAAUUAUAGCAAUGUCAUUGUCAAACAUUUGUUUUAAAGAGAGAUGAAAAGUUUGCAAAAUUGUCAAAUGUAAGAGUUUAAUGAGCCUGUUCGUCAGGGCUGUAUUAGUGGCUUGCAGCCUACAUAAGCACUACCCACAUUACAGAGCCAAUAUAAUGUGUAAUUCUUGUGACAAAAGGUCACCGUUGAACCUCAAAACACCUCUGAGCCAUCCCAUUGGCUAUUGGAAACUUUGUGUUAUUUUUAAAUCGUUUUUGGUAGUGGUCUGUGUAUUCAUCCACACAAAUAAAGUUGUGUUUUAUAAAGUUUAUUCAUUCUUUCAUUAUUUAUACUUCAAAAGUUUAUAAUUUUGUUCAGUUUGUUUUUAUGAUACUGAAGGCUUGCCAUCAAGAAAUCAAGAAAUAAAAAACAAAUCAGAAUCAAGAAAUAAGUGAGUACAGACAUUCCAUAAAGUU